GUAUAUGCACGAAAUGUUUCUCAAUAAAGUAUAUGCACGAACACAUAAUUACCACAUAUUCAAUGCGAAAUAAAUUAAAAACGUUUAUUAUAAUGGAAAAUUUUGGAAACUCGGGUCGAAACAUAACUCGGAAUGUUGAGAGUGAUGAGUGAGUGGCGAAAAUCAAUAUUGUGGCGAGGACGGUACUAGAAGGGCAGCCAAUCAUAUGACUGCACGUGUCCCGUCUAUCCUACUUGGAGAAAAAUUCCGGACAUUUUUUGGAUCUACCUUUGUCAAAUUAGCAUCUCCCUUCUCGAUUCUCGGCAUCUACUCUUCGAUCCCUCCUCCCAUCAGAUCCAACGCUCCAGAUUUCCCCAUCGCCUCUAUAAUAUAAUCCCACCUCUCUCCCCACACAAAUACGUACAUACAAAACAACCUUGAGAGAGAAAGUGCAGUGAAAGAAAGAGAAAAUGAAUGCGGCAUUGGAUUCUCCGCUUGAAGCUCUCGCCUUCAACUACUUGACCUACGGCUUCCUCACCGCCGUCAACAAUAUAUGGGCGUGGAUCGCCGUCGUAACCGCCGCCGUCAGCUUCUGGCGGAUUAGGGUUUUGUCGUCGUCGACGACGGAUCCGAGCAGCAGGAGCCACGACGCUGCGGCGUCCACGGCAUCGGCGCGGGUGGCGGAGAGUGUGGCGGCGGAGCCGGCUUCUGCUCCGGCUAGAGCGGCGUGCGUCGUGCUGGAGAGGCAAGGGAGCACGAAAAUGAAGUUCAGUUUGUAUUACAAGGAGGAGGAGGAGGUGGAUUUACGGGGAGAUGAUGAUGAUGAAGGCGGCGAGAAUGAGGAGUGCGGCGGUGGAGCGGCGGAGGCGGCGAGUCUAGGGGUUGACGCGUGGCGCGGCGAUUGGGAGGCGGUGGUUGCUUUGAGAAUGGGGGAUAUGGGGUGGUACAGGUGGCAGGAUAGGACGGUGCUGAACGGCAACGUGGUGCGGUUGUGGGAAGGGCGGAAGCGGAAACAAACGGCGGCGUUGGUGGUGGAUGGCGGCGUCGCGUGGUAGGUGGCGGUUAGAUUAGUAUAUAUGCAAUGUAUGACAUUGAUGUGGUUGGAGGGAAAAUUAUGGUUGCUUCAGAUUCCAUAGUUGUUUAAGGUUUCUCAGAAAGAUUUUAAAAUUGUAAAUAUAUUUUAUUUCGUCGUCUUUUUCUCACCAGCACUUCUUUAAUGCCAGAAUUACGUUUCUGCCC